UGGGGUGCACUGGAGGCAGGGCCAUGCUGCAGGUGGGGCUCACCCUGCCCCGCUCCCCUGGGGGGGCGGCCGACGGCUUCCCCACAGCCGAGGGUGAUAACACAGGCACCGGAGAAGAGAUAUAUGGCUCAUCUCCAGUUACUGUCGUGAUCACGUCAGAGGCUGACGCCUGGGACAUUGACAUUCCCUCUUGUCUGGGCUGUGGACAGUUUGUGGAUUGGGACAGGAUGCCAGACCCAGAGCAACAGACGCAUGUCCCCCGAGACAUCCUCAGCAAGCCCCGAAAGGAGCUGAAGAAGCUGGCAAGAGAAGGCUAUUGGGCAGUGAGCCGCGCUCUCAGAGCUCAGGUCUACCACCAGCUCACACAGCAGGUCUCCUGCCGGCUCGUCACCCCAGAUGCUCUUGUCUACAGGGACGUGGUGAGCCGGCUCUUUGGGAAGACAAGUGUGAGCACCUACCCUCUGCCCGAGUUCAUAGAAGGAUGCUCCAUGCCCACAUACUGCCUCAACCUGGAAGGCAUCACUGCCUUGAAGAAGAUCCUCAUCUGUGUUGGCAACCUUUUCCCUGACAUAACCUACAGCCCAAUCCUCCCCUCGCUGGUGGCUCUGCUGCUGCACUACAGUGAAGACGAAGCCCAGUGCUUUGAGAAUAUCUCGCGCCUCAUCGCCAGCAAUGCUCCCCAUACCAGCUACAUCGACCAGUCCUUCCUGGCCCACCAGGCCUCCUGCAUGACUUUUGGGGAUCUGGCCAACAAGCACUGCCCAGCAGCCCACAAACUCAUAGCCAGCACCUCUGAGAACGUCUUUGAGGUCUACUCCGAAUGGUUAUCGUGGCUCUUUCACGACCUCCCCUUCAAUUACGCCAUCCGUGUCUUUGAUGUCUACCUGCUGGAGGGACAGAAGGUCCUGUACCGCAUUGCCCUGGCCUUGCUGAAGCAGUACAGGCUCUCGGUGACCUCUGCCGAGCUGGAGGGGACUGACAUCAAGGCAGACCUGCAGGCUUUCGUGCAGAACAUUGCUGAGCAUGUGACUGUCGACAAACUCCUAGAGAGAGCCUUUGGCAUCAGGCUGUUCUCCCGAAAGGAAAUCUGGCUUCUCCAGAUGGCCAACAGGAAGGCGUUAAUGGAGAGGGGCAUAACCAUGGUGCAGAGCAGGCAGUCCUUCCACCUGGCCAUAGACAUGCAGAACUUCAGCUCCAGCAUUGUAACGGCUCAGGAGAUGCGCAUCAUCUGGUCCUGGAUCCCUGAGCGCUUCUCCCUCUCCCCACCACUGCUGCUCUUCUCCACCUCAGAAGAUGGGUGCAGCCUGCAGAGGUUUUACACAUGCUGUGAAGGCUAUGAACCAACGGUGCUGCUCAUAAAAACCACAGAGGGGGAGGUGUGUGGGGCAUUUCUCUCCUCUGACUGGAGCGAAAGGAAGAAGAGCGGGGCAACAUCUGGCUUUUUUGGGACAGGGGAGUGCUUUGUGUUCACUGUGCGCCCCGAGAUGGAGAGGUACGAGUGGGUGUUCAUCAAGAAGCCGGAGCUGGCCAAAGCUGUGCCGCGCUCACGCCAGCAGUCACCUUCCCCCUCUCCUGCAUCCCUCCUCAGCUCCUCCCCAGACAGCUGUAGCACCAGCUCAAACCAUCUCACUGUGCCCACACCACAGAGGAAAGGCCGUCUCUCCCCGUUUCUGGCCAUCAGGCAUUUCCUUCUGCCUUCCAAAACAGCCUCCAUGUUCAUGUCUGGGUCACGGGAAGGGAUCAUUAUCGGUGGAGGGGGAGGCCAAGCUCUGUCCCUUGAUUCCGACCUGCUGUGGGGACGCACAGAACACUGUGAGACCUUCGACAACCCUCCGCUCUGCCAGGAGAACUUCAAGGUGCAGCUCUUGGAAGUGUGGGGCUUUCAAAAUGUCUAGGUCCUGUGGGGGACAGCCCCUUGCCGCGGCACUCACGGGGAUGGAGACCCCUUGCCAUGCUGGCUGCCACCAGCCUGCCUGCUGUGGUCUCUGCCAGCACUGCCACAGGCACCUCCACUCGCCAUCCUCCCCUCCAUGGUCAGCUGUGGUGGUGUGGGGAGAGGGCGACGCGGUGUCAGGAACAGGACUGCGGGUGCUGCCUUUGGGGACAUCUGAGGUCUCCUCCUGCAGUUUAGACCCAGCCCUCUCCCCCCAGUCUGUCCCAGUUUAGGAUGCUGGAGGGGAGCUAGGCCAGUUUCUCACACCACGCUGGCCUGUUCACAGCUUGCAGCUCAACAGCAAACCAGUGGUGCAGCAGCACGAAGCAGAUUUUAUAGGAAUUUUGAGCCUAGGGAAAGCCCAACGCCAAGGUACAAAGCUCACCAGAAACGCUCUCAGACCCCACUUCCCUUUGGUCCUAAGCCCAGCACCAUGCUUCAAGACAUACGCAGAAUUCUGUAGCCUCUGCAGGUUAGCAGGACUCUUUUUGUCAAUGGUUGAAAAUGCUGAUCAAUGAUUAGCAAAGUCCUACCUGGUGCUCAUACACCGGCAGCCGACAAGAACCCCUGGCUGUGCACCUCCCUUGUCAUUUUUGUAUUAAACUGAAGAUCUGUACUCACCACAAAGGGCUGAUGUGAGACUGUGAGCAGUGAAUAUGUAUGAGCCUUGACCAACCUGCCCCGACUACCCAGGGUCAAGGGGACCCUUGGACAAGGACAAGGGGAGAUGUGCAUUUUAAAACAUGAAACGUGAACAUAUACACGUAGCUUGGCCAGGCAAGGCUGGGUCAGACAAUGGUUGCCUCAUGGGAGGGUCACUGACAGAUCAUCCUGGCUACAGGAUGAGAGUGUCUCCCACAUCCAAGUAUACUUUCCACUUCAUCUAUUCCACUUCUCAAGCUAUUCAGAGAAGGAGCUAUUGUUGCUUUCAUGCCUGCUUUCAGCGAUGGCAGGAGGAGGUGGUCAGGAGCAGGCGAUGGCAGCAAGCUCACACAGUGCCAGUCAUGCAGUAGACCUGGGAAUUGCUUGUAGCCUUCAAGGGGUAUCCAGGAGAGAUGGAGAGGGGAGACACAGCCCUGUGCACCACUAUGGCUGGCCUUUGCCCAGAGCUCACAUGAAAAAGCAGUGCAGAAUGACUCUUUUCCUUCAAUUAAAGAGCUCUGCCAAUGUGUCCUAA